AUGGCAGCGGUAACUUCCAAUCAAGAGAAAGCUGGGCCUUCCAUUUGUGGGUAUCAUUUUCAGUGGCUUGCCUUGCUUGCAAAAUCAUUAUUGGAGCUUGCAAGACAAGCGAAGAAACUAGGAGAAGAUGAUCCAAGAAGGAUUAUUAACUCACUCAAGGCAGGGCUUUCUAUUAUUUUGGUUUCUUUAUUUUACUACGUUGAACCUCUUUACAGUAGUUUUGGUGUCAAUACAACCUCGGCUGUCAUGACUGCUGUUGUCAUCUUUGAAUUUUCUGUGGGAGCAACACUUGGGAAGGGUGUUAAUAAAAUGUUAGCAACAUUAGGAGCUGGUGCUCUGGGCCUUGGAGUUCACCGUUUAGCAACACUGUCUGGAAAAACAGGCGAGCCCAUAGUUAUUGACCUCUUCGUCUUUGCAAUAGCUGCAAUGGCGACUUUUGCUAGAAUUUUCCCCAGAUUGAAGGCAAAGUGUGAUUAUGGACUGAUGAUAUUUAUAUUGACAUUCUCCUUAGUAUCAGUAUCGAGUUAUCGAGAGGAAAACAUACAAAAAAUGGCACUUGAGAGGCUCCUAACAAUCACUGUUGGAUGUUUCAUUGCUAUUCUUGUCAAUAUCUGUAUUUGCCCUGUAUGGAUUGGAGAGGAUCUCCACAACCUAGUUGCUCUCAACAUUGAAAAGCUUGGAAUCUUUUUACAAGGAUUUGGUGGAGAAUACUUUGAAAUGUAUGAAGAAGGAUUGCCAAGUAAAGAUAGGCUAAUCUGGCAAGAUGGGAACCGGGUCAUGGUCGGUUUAGGUUUCGACAUCCUUGGGAACAAUACUUGA